AUGAGCUCACAGCUUCGCAUUGUCAUUGGCGGUGACGACGCCGGCUUCUCCUACCAAUCCAUCAUCUCUCACGACCUAGCAUCAGACACACGUGUUGCAAAAGUCAUCCACGUAGGCCUCAAAACUGAACUAGACAAGACGGCCUACUCGACCUUUGCCAUUGCCGCCGCCGAAGCGGUCGCCGACGGCACCGCCGACAGGGCCAUUUUAAUCUGCGGCACCGGGCUCGGCGUGGCGAUUGCCGCCAGUAAAGUGGCAGGCGUGUGCACCAUCACAGACCCACGACAGCUUCUCGGUCGAGAGGUCUGUCUUGAGCAACAAUGCGCAGGUGCCGUGUGUAGGGCAGAGGGCUAUUGGCGUUGA